UAGGCCUAAAAUAUUCAGGCCUAAGGACAAGUCGUUUUUUUAUAACUUUUUGUGCACUGGACUGGCAGACUGGCCUACCACCACCACCAUCCAUCAAAGUUAGGUUUGGGCAUAGCUAGCUAGCCCAGGCCUAGUCUAGGGCCUAGGCCUCCCAGUACUAGUAGUAGGUAACUAAUAGUAAGGCUACUUGUUGUCUGUGUUUGUUUAGUGGUGGUGGUUGUGUCUUCCCAAACAGUUCUGUGUCGUCAUAAGCCUAGAACUAUAAAUUCGGACCGUCCGCCCAUUUUGGAAAAUAAGGGCCGGUUUCCUCCUGUCUGUGCAGAUUUUGCAUAAAAUUAGGCGGUGACCUUUAAAACUGGCCAAUGUUAUGCAGUAGUUAGGAUCCUGCACAGCUAUUUUCCAUGUGAUUUUCUAGCAAAUUUGAGUUUUUGCGCUAGUAUCAUUUGCGAAAUUAAAAUACUUUACAGCAUAGGCAGAGGAAAGGUAGGGAUGAGUACGACCCACCCAUCCUAUACCUUAUUACUACAUUUCUUUUGAUUUUAUUAAAAAUUAGAAUUAUGGAGAGUGAAAAGUCUGAAGUAGAAGUAAAUUUGAUGAAACCAGAAAAUGUAAAUCAAUCUGGAAAAGAAAAAAAUAAAGAACUAACUAGUGAGAAUGAUUUAUACAAAAAUGAAAUAAGUACUGGGUUGAAGUCAGAAGACAGUUUAAAGUUGAACAGAGAGGACAUUGGGAAAAAAGUUGCCCAGCUCAAAGAGGUUUCGAAGUUAGAAAACCAACUUGAUCUUAAAAGGAUUGGUACCAAGAAUAAUGAACAUGAAAUAAAAAGUCAUCACAAUUUAGAAAAGAGAACCAGGAAAAAAAGUGAAGAUGUGCUACCAGACGCUCCUUCUCUGUUGCAACCUUUUGGUGGUGUGGAAGAUGAAGACAUGACAGUAAAGAAUGCAGAUCCAUUGGAUAAUCAAAAUGAAGAUACUUUAGUAACAUUAAGAAAAUGCACAGAGAGUACAGAAAUAAGUGUUAAUAUACCUAAAAAAGAGGAUGGACCAAUGCCUGUUGAAGAUGCAGAGAUCUUGGAAAAUUUAGAUAGCAGUAAACAAACAGAUGUUGCUAAAGAAUGCAAUCAUGGCACAAUAUGGCAUCCCCUUCUUGCGUCAGAAAAUGAAGAGGCAGCUACAGAAAAGGAAAUAAAAAAGGAAGUUGUCAAAAAAACAGAUGGCAAUGGUAGUGGUGGAGAGACAAUUGACAUUAGAAGAAAGGAACUAGAAGAGAACUCUAAAACACCAUCACCAGAUGGUGAUGUCAAAGACCAGGAACCAGAAGGCGCUUUCUCGGCAGAUACAAAAGAUGUAGAAAAAAAAAAGAAAGAGAAAACACCUCUUGUUGAGUUGGCAGAGAAAGGUAUGGGAAUUUCGGACAUCUUGACAGAAACUGGAGUGUUUGCGUACAUAUCCUUGGUAGCUAUUGCCUUGGCGACUACAUUUGACAGUCACUGGCACAAGAAUUGGAAAGAUUCUUACAUAAAGUUAUUAUGCAAACACUUAAAAACAAAGAGAGGAAUCGAAAAGACUAUGCUACAGUUCCUCCGUGAAGAUCUAAAACCAUUACACGCUCACGCCUACGUGGAAGUACUGAAAGAUGAUGGGAUGAUCCAAGACAAUCCCAGCAUUAUUGCACAGGACCUUCUUGGUAUCACCAUGGAAACAGGAGAUUAUGAUGCAAGGUCAAGGGUUAUCAUCUACCAUAUUGCCAAGCUGAUGGAAGUGCCAAGGACGGAUGUCAUCAGCUUUGAAGACAUGAUUGUGGAGAGUUUUGUGCAAGAGGAAGUGAUAGAAUCCGAAGAGCAGAAAUCAGAGAAAGCAAAGCGCUCAAGACAGACCAAGGUGAAGAGAUACCUAGCUAUUGGAGCAGCAACUCUAGGGGGCGGUGCACUCAUUGGCCUAACUGGGGGUCUUGCUGCUCCCCUAGUUGCUUCAGCUGGAGUGGCAUUGUUUGGCUCUGGUGCAGCUUUCCUCGGCACCACAGCUGGCCUAGCCAUUAUGGCAUCAAUGUUCGGUGCUGCUGGUGCAGGCCUUGGCGGUUACAAAAUGAAGCGAAGAGUUGGUGCCAUCGAAGAGUUUGAGUUUACCUCGCUGGGGAAAGAGAAAGAUCUACAUGUGGUCGUGGCAGUAUCUGGCUGGCUAACCAAAGAUAGAUUAGACAACUUUACCGUGCCAUGGCUAGCCCUCGCGGAGUCCAAGGAGCAGUACACACUUAAGUGGGAGUCUAAGUACCUAAAGAACCUUGGCGAUGGACUGGAGUACAUCAUGGACAGCGUGAUGACGAUGGCAGCGAAAGAAGCACUGAAGUACACUGUACUGGCGGGUCUGUUGGCGGCCAUUACUCUACCAGCUGCAGCUUAUGGCGCCCUCUCAGCAAUCGAUAACCCUUGGAGUAUUGUCACAAGAAGAUCAGUUGAAACGGGAAAAGAAUUGGCCGAAGUUCUUCUUACAAGACUACAGGGUAAACGUCCUGUUACCCUUAUUGGCUUCAGUAUGGGUGCAAGGGUGAUUUUCUCUGCCCUACAGGAAUUGGCAGUUCGUAAAGGCUCUGAAGGAAUUGUAGAGGAUGUUGUUUUGCUAGGAGCUCCAAUUACAUCAUCUGUGAAGGCAUGGCAACCGCUUGAAAGAGUUGUAUCUGGUAGGAUCAUUAAUGGCUACUGCAGAGGUGACUGGCUCCUGCAGUUUGUAUACAGAACGGCAUCUGUGCAAGUGACCAAUAUUGCUGGCCUAGGACCAGUAAACUGGGACAAUAAGCUGGUGGAAAACAUUGAUUUAACAGAUAUAGUGGGUGGUCAUCUUGAUUAUUCAGAGAAAAUUGAUGAGAUUCUUAAACACAUUGGACUCAAAACAAGACCUCGAAGCACGUCUCCUCUGUUACGGGAAACAGGGGGUGCAAUCGAAACUAAAGAAGACUCUAUCAAAGUUGAUGUCUGUGAUCUCCUUCUACCGCAGUCUCAGACGGUCACAGAAAUGAUGGCAGGGGUUCCCCGCAGUGGAUCUGCCAACAGCUUCUUAAACGAUUCUGACAAGAAAUCCGGAACUGGAUCCGAGAUUUGUAAAUCAGCAAGUUUCCCUCAUAUCACGAAUUACAAUGCGCAUUCAAGUGAAAGCCAGAGGGUGCGACCAUCAGAAGGCAGCAGCAAUGUGCAGAACAGUGAAACUUCAGAGGAUGUGGAGUGUGGCCAUGAUCCAAUGAUGCAGUUGUGAUGAUAAAACUUUGUAAUGUGUAAUUUUAUAAUGACAAUUUGGAAAUGGUUGAUUAUAAACACUGUACACCAUAGGCAAAUCCAAGGGUGGGCCCAAUAAAUAAAAAUGGAAAUGGGAGUGCUAUAGACAUAAAAUCUCAUAUCUUAGCCCCAACCAUGAUGGGGCUGAGGUGGUCUGGACAUUCCAUAUCUAAAAUUGACCUUUCUGGGCCCCUCUAUUUUGAAUUCCUGCAUCUUCCACUGUAAAUGCAUUCUGGGGCACAGUAGGAAAUAAUGAUAUACAGUACUUGUGAACUGUUGAUAUUGGCUUUACAGUCAUGAUAUUUUCAUUACAUUUAAUGCUUUACAGCCAUGAAUAUUCAUUGUGGUACUGUAUGAAUAUUAUGCCAAAGUUAAUUAA